AUGCACGUGAGUGCGUCCGUCAAAGGUUUGAGAAAAACUAAUUUGCUGCAGUCUCUCUUUUCUUCGGCUCAAACGGCCGCUAACAGGCGAGCGAUAGAUCAAAUACAGCGUCACUUUAUUUCAUUUUAUCACGCUGAUAGUCCUCUGAAUCGCCAUUUUUAUGUCCCACAGUGUAGACGGGGCAGCUCGACCAUGGAGCAGUCAACACCGGUGGAGGUAAACAUCCCGGUGUCUGCCGAGCGAACCACAACGGAGGAGGCGGCGGAAAGUGUCAAAAGAAAGAGCGACGAGGCGGGCGAAGCCGAGACACGAGGCAAGAGGCGCAGAGGAGCGGGAGGGAAGAAGCUCCGCCCGGGCGAGAGAUACAUCCCCCCUCCGCAGAAGCGCAACCCGGGGGUCAGCUUCUGCCAGGAGCAUUUCGACGAGACCUCCUACUACUUUGAAGGUGGCCUCCGCAAAGUGCACCCGUACUACUUUGACUUCAAAACGUACUGCAAAGGUCGGUGGAUUGGGAAGAGCCUUCUGGAGGUGUUCAAGAGCGAGUUCAGAACCGAGUCCAUCGAGUACUACCAGCGGGCCACCAAAGAGGGUCGCAUCCGGCUGAACGAGACACCUGUGGAAGACCUGUCCAUCGUGCUCCGGAAUAAUGACCUGAUGAAGAACACAGUGCACCGCCACGAGCCCCCUGUCGUCGGCAGACCCCUGGAGGUGCUGGUGGAUGACGGCGAAGUGCUCGUGGUCAACAAGCCUGCGUCCAUCCCUGUCCACCCCUGCGGCCGUUUCCGCCACAACACGGUGAUUUUCAUCUUGGGAAAAGAGCGAGGCAUCUCUGAGCUGCACACGGUCCACAGACUGGACCGGCUCACCUCGGGGGUGCUGCUGUUUGCCAGGACGCUGGAGACGUCAAAGAAACUGGACCAGUUGGUGAGAGACAGACAGCUUGAAAAGGAGUACGUGUGCAGAGUGGAGGGUGAGUUUCCAGAAGGGGAGCUGGUCUCCGAGGAGCCCAUCCUGGUCGUUUCCUUUAAAAUUGGCAUCUGCCGUGUCGAUCCGAAGGGAAAGGAUUGCAGAACCGUCUUCCAGAGGCUGAGCUUCAAUGGAAAAACCAGCGUGGUCCGCUGUCGCCCGCUGACUGGCCGAACACACCAGAUCAGGGUCCACCUCCAGUACCUGGGCUUCCCCAUCCUCAACGAUCCCAUCUACGGGUCCUCGGCCUGGGGUCCACACAGGGGCCGGGGGGGGCUGGUGGGUAAGAGUAACGAGGAGCUGCUGCAGGCCCUGGAAGAGGAACAUCGCUCGCAGGAAAGUCUCCACCUGCUGGAUAUGCCGGGUGGUGGGAUUGACCAGGAGGCAGAGAAAAUCCAAACGUCUGAGAAAGUCCAUCUGUUGGCCGUCUCUUCUGAACCCAACAGAAGUGAAGAGAGUCGUCAGAUCGACACCCGGGCGCCAACAUGCGGCAGCUUGAGCGGUGAGACGGCGGAUAAGGGGAGUCAUGGCUGCACGGAGCCAGGCGGCAACAAGACCUCGUCAGUCAGACCUCAGGCCGACUCAUCGAACGGAAAUCAAACCGGGGAACCGACUCUCAAAAGUCCUCCGGAGACUCGAGACCACCUGUGCAGUGAGUGUAAACUGGUUCGACCAGAUCCCACCGAGAAAGAGCUCAUCAUGUUUCUCCACGCGCUGCGCUACAAAGGACCUGGUUUUGAAUAUUCCACGCCGUUACCCUAUUGGGCCCAAGAGGACUGGGUGGAGGCGGAUUGGAGCUGACCGGAUGCUCCUCCCUUCGGUGUUUACUUUACUGGCGCCAUGCAUAUUCCUUUUUUUUUUUUUUACAGACUUUUAAAUCCUUUGCUUUGAGGCAGUUUGGAUGUUCUUGGAUGUUCUUGCAUAUGAUGAAUGUAGAAAUCUGUAUUCCAGUGGCUCCAAGCAGUUUAUGCCUUAAAUACAAAUGGAACAUGAUUUUGUAAACUCACUUCACACUGUUUAAAUAUAACAGAAAUAGCUUUAUAUGAUUUCAUCCUUUCAUGUAAUCUGCCCAGUACAAAAACAAUGAUUUGAAAUAAAUGAAAAGCCAGUCUGCCGGAAAAUAAACGAUUAAUUUUA